CUGUCAGUGCGGCUGCGAGCGCGGCCGGGCCGGGGCAGCGGCGGCACCAGCGCAGCCCCUGCCCCCGCCAGGAGCUCGCCCCGCGGCCGCAGCGGGAGGAGCGGCUGUCCCGGGGAGCGCCCGGCGGAGCGCGGACAGCGGGAUCCCGGCGGACGGCGGCGGAGACGGCUCCGCGCCGCGGCUCCUCCACGCCCUGAGCGCGGGCGGCGGUUCGCGGCAGCCCCCCCGCGCCGCCCGCCGCCCUCCUGGAUGCUCCGGAGCCGCCGCCGCCGGGGGCGGCCGCCGGCCGGGAUCGCGCCCGCCCGCUGCGCGGGGGCUGCGCGGGGCCGCGGGAGUGAAGCUGCUGCUGCUGCUGCUGCUGCUGCGGGGAGCGAGAGCGCCGAGGGAGCGACCUGGGCACCGGGACAGCCGCAGCCGCCGCGCCCGGCCCUCCGCGGGCGCGGCUCGUCCUUCCCUUCCCCGCUGGGCCCGGACUAAGGCGACGGAGUGGGAUGAAGGGGGCAUCCCGAGCGGGAGUUGGAUGCACACUGCUACAGGAGACCUUUCCUCGGAGCUGCUGCUGCUGCUAAGUUUCAGAAACCGACUGUGAACAGGUCACCCUAAAGAAUGGCCGAGCCUUCUGGGAACGAGCUGGCGUCCGCGGCUGCCAAGGGGGACCUAGUGCAACUUACUAAUUUGUUGCAAAAGAAUGUAAACGUCAAUGCACAAAAUGGAUUUGGGAGGACUGCGCUGCAGGUGAUGAAACUCGGGAACCCCGAAAUCGCCCGGCGGCUGCUCAGCAACGGGGCCAACCCCAACCUGAAAGACAGCACCGGCUUCGCUGUCAUCCACGACGUAGCCAGGGAGGGCUUUCUGGACACUUUGCAGACUCUGCUGGAGUUCAAAGCCGAUGUUAACAUUGAGGACAACGACGGCAACCUGCCCCUGCACUUGGCGGCCCAGGAGGGGCACGUGCGGGUGGUGGAGCUGCUGCUGGCCCGCUCCGAGUGCAAGGUGGGCCACCAGAACAAGCGCGGGGCCACCGCCUACGACCUGGCCAAGCUCUACAGGAGGGCAGCCGUGGUGGAGCUCCUGGAGGCCAGCAGCUCCUUCCCCCCCAGCAUGGACUGAACCCCGCUAGGACGGGCUCUCCUUUGGACGUGAGGGGGUGCAGACUUCUUGGGGUGUUACCUUCCUUUUUAACAACAUUUGUUGCACCAUUAUUUUUAUUUUUUUUCCCCUCUUCUGAACAGCUGGUAGUGUAAGUCUCAAGAAAUUCCAGAGGUGGGUUUUUAGGUAACAGAAAUGUUUUAAAUCCAUGCUCCCAGCAGUUUCCUAUACCUUUCACUUUACACUGCUAGGCUCAUCCGUGUGUAUGUCGGUUGCUCAUAUCUAGUUUUCCAGUAUCAACUUUUACAAUUUAUUUUAGGUCAUUCGUAUCGAGUCAUUAAUACAAGAGCUACUAUUCACAUGCUUAAUAUUGCUGGACUUUUAAGAAAAGGAAAUAGUUUACUGUGAUUUCUCCCACCUCUCAGUGCACCCCUCUCUUCUCCUCAUUCCCUCCACCCCUUUCUGUCAGGCUCUAGAGUCUGAGGUCCUGUUUUAGAUAAAAAAAUCCUGUUAAUAAGGUGUCACCUGCAGCCCCUGCUCAGGCAGAGUUGGAAGUCAAAGGCUGCGUGGCCUGAGGACAGUGGAUGGCGCUUAGAUGCUUUAGGCAGUAACUGUAUUUUGUCACUAACAAGAGCUUGUAGAACUAGGUCACUUACUUUCUAAAUGUAGAUGACACUUUUCCUCUUUGUGUAUUUAAACUUUCACCAAUCUGGUUUUGAAUUUAGUUACCAGAAACAGUAUAAGUGGUGUUUCUUCGAUUGCCAGAGGUUUUAAACAGCUCAGUUUAGUAGUUCAUGUUUACUGUGCACUGCAGAAGAUGUUUUUUUUUCUAGUUUCAAAACAAGCUGCAGAGAACCAUUGUCAAAAGCAAGAGGACACGAAGGCUGCAGUACAAGACUUCUGGUCGCUUCAUCUGCUGAUUGUAGUUUAGAUGUUCUCCUAGUAAUAUUUGCUUUCCACCAAAUAUUCUGUUUUGUCUGGAAAUAAACUGUUUUAUUGACAGCAUCUCACAAAACAAGGAUAUUUGAAUACAGUGACAUUUAGGAAGCAGCACUUUCGAUAUUCAUGAAGUUAAGUUAUUGCUUGCACCUAAAACACAACUUAACCAUUGGAAAUUUUCCAUUGCAACACAGUUGAGAGUAUUCACCAGACUGAAACUCAUUUGCCUCUCCAGCCUCAACAGGAGCUAACGAUGCUCAGCACCGUGUCGGGGAAGAGUCUAUUAUGAAACUUUUAAUAUUUUACAGGAUCUACUUGUUGGGCAGCUGGGCAGUUUAAAGUGCUUAAUUUUGAAUAGUCUAAAUUUCAAUCAUGCAAAAUAGAAGGCUUUAAAUCAAUGCAAAAUGAAUACUACUUUAAAUAGCACUUGAAAGAGGAGAGGGAAUACAUUAGUUUAGUUUUUAACUUUUGGGUUUUUUUAAAUUAGCCCCACAAAAUCAGUUACUACAUUUUCAAGUAAAAAAUAAUUUGCUGAAACUGUCUGUCACGUUUACUAUAAGCUCUGUCACACUGCUGUGUUCUGAUUAAAAACCUCUGUGAAAUA